AACAUCAUCACACCCUUCUCUCACUCUUGGUUCUAUUUCUGCUUCCUUUACUCUUUCCUCAUGUCAAAACCCAAACCCAUGAAAUUGACACCAACAAAUAUCAUGUCUACCAUGAACAAUCCAAAACAAUUAGAACACUUUCAAUCUUCAUGGAACAUAACAAAACUUGUUACUAUAUUCAUCUUCUUAAUAUUCAUGUCCUACCUUUUCUACACCAUUGGUUUCCUUGCUUAUAAUAAUACUUCACAUCAAUUUGAUAAAAACCCUAACAUACUUUCUCCAAUUAAAUACCAAAUUGAACCUAUACCAAAAUUACCGUUGGAACAAAAAACCAAUAUUUCACACAUAGUGUUUGGAAUAGGAGCCUCAUCAAAAUUAUGGAACCAUAGAAAAGAAUAUAUUAAAUUAUGGUGGAAGCCUAAUAUAACAAGAGGAAAUGUAUGGUUAGACAAAGAAGUGAAAAUUAAACCUAGUGAUGAGAAACUUCUUCCAACAUUGAAAAUAUCUAGUGACACAUCAAAAUUCAAGUACAAACAUCCACUUGGGAUAAGGUCAGGGAUUAGGAUAUCUAGGAUUGUGUCGGAGACAGUAAGGUUAAGGUUGGAGAAUGUGAGGUGGUUUGUGAUGGGGGAUGAUGACACAUUUUUUGUGACUGAGAAUUUGGUGAAGUUGUUACAAAAAUAUGAUCAUAAUGGAUUUUAUUAUAUUGGGUCAAAUUCGGAAAGUCACUUUCAGAAUAUUAAUUUUUCUUAUAAUAUGGCUUAUGGUGGUGGUGGAUUUGCUAUUAGUUAUCCUUUGGCUGUUGCAUUGGAGAGAAUGCAAGAUAGGUGUAUUGAAAGGUACCCUAAAUUGUAUGGGUCAGAUGAUAGGAUUCAAGCUUGUAUGGCUGAGCUUGGUGUUCCUCUCACCAUAGAGAAAGGCUUUCAUCAGUUUGAUGUAUAUGGCAAUGCGUUUGGACUCCUAGCAGCUCAUCCAGUUACACCACUAGUGUCCCUACAUCACUUGGACCUAAUUGAACCCAUAUUUCCAAACAUGAACCGGGUUCAGGCCCUACAACAGCUCAAAGAGCCAAUAAAACUCGACCCAUAUGGCCUCAUGCAACAAUCUAUAUGCUAUGUCAAAAACUGGGUUUGGACCGUAUCGGUUUCUUGGGGUUAUGCGGUUCAAAUAUUUCGCGGAAUUUUCUCAGCACGAGAUAUUGAAAUGCCCGCACGAACUUUCUUAAAUUGGUAUCGUCGAGUUGAUUAUAAUGGGUUUCCAUUCAAUACAAGACCUUUUAGUCGCAAUGCUUGUCAAAAACCGUUUGUUUUUCAUUUGUUUAAUACUACCUAUGAUGUUGCUGCUAAUGAAAUUGUCACAAGAUAUGUUAGGGUCCAACCUAACCCUAAUUGCAAGUGGAAAAUGGAGGAUCCUACACAGAUUCAUAUGGUGGAAGUUUACAAGAAACCAGAUCCAUAUUUGUGGGACAAGUCUCCGAGAAGAAAUUGUUGCAGGGUUCAACCUAGAAAUGAGGAAGGAAUUCUAGUGAUUGAUGUAGGGAAAUGUAGAGAAGAUGAAGUUGUUGAGUUAUAGGGUCAUUGGGAAUAUAUACAACUUAUCUUUGUGGACAAUUCUUACUUAACUAAUUGACUCCUAAAGAAAAAGAACUUUACUGAUGAAACUCUUUUUUUCGUUAUAGUGUUCUUAUUACUUUCAUGAUUCAAUGUACCAAGCAAAUAUUACUUCCAAUCCAUGAUUACAUUAAUUUUAUAA